AUGACGGGGGAAAUGAUUGAAAAUGCUGUGAGGAGUGGUAAAAUAGAAGCAAAAGAAAGUACAAGAAAGUCGACCCCGAGGAAAAGAGAUAAUGAAGUGAACAACACGAGCACAUUCAGUAAGGGUCAGUCCAAGUCACUCACCAUAAAUCAACCAAAGACGGUGACCACUAAUCAAUAUAGCACUGUGAGACAAGAAUCCAACGCGAGGGAGAACACAGAAAGGCCAUUGUUCACCCUUAUACCCAUGACGUAUAGGGAGCUGUACCAGAACCUAUUCAAUGCUCAUGUAGUGUCCCCUUUUUACCUGAAGCCACUGCAGCCUUCGUAUUCCAAAUGGUAUGACACAAACACCCAAUGUGAAUACCACGCGGGAAUCACCGGGCACUCGAUUGAAAACUGCACUGCAUUCAAGAAAGUAGUCAAAAGACUCAUUAAAAUGGGGAUUAUGAGGUUUGACGACCUAGCCGUACCCAAUGUAGCAGGAAACUCGCUCCCCAAACAUACCGACCAAGGAGUGAACAGGAUAAGUGAAGGCAGGAACAAGAAGAUCAAAUGUGAGGUUGCAGAAGUCAGGACCCCAUUGAGACGAGUGUGGAAGGAGAUAGUUAAGAGAGGGUUGAUCGUGUUAGAUUCAAGAGAAGAAUCUGAAGAAGGGAGGAACUAUUACGAGUUUUACAAUGAGGUGGGGCAUGAAAUCCAAGAGUGUGUGGAGUUCAGGGCCCUAGGACAAAACAUGAUAAAUAAUAAAGAAAUGGAGUUUUAUGAAAAAACCAAAAACCCUGGAGAUGGAGAUAUAUGUGCAUCGGAGGGAGAAUCGAUGGCACAGAACCAAACAGUUAACUAUCCUGUGGUCAUCAUAUCGAGACCCAAAAAUAAUAAAGCUGGAGUGCAAAUGCCACCGAGGGUCAUAUUCCAGGGACCUGCAGUCUUCCCCUACAUAAACAGCAAAAGGGUCCCAUGGAAUUAUAAUUGUAACGUGACGAUUCUAGGAAAGGAAAACCUGGUUGACGCUUCAAAAGAGGACCAAGAUAGGGGCUCCUAUACACGUAGCGGGAGACGUUACGAUACAGCAAGCGAAAAGGCACAACCCGCAAAAGGAAAAGCCCCAAUGGUCGAAGAGAUGAAGGAAAAAGCAACCAAAUCUGAACUUUCUGUUAAUGAGCCAGUUAACGAGGUGGAGGCUAAAGAGUUUUUAAAAUUCCUAAAGCACAGCGAAUACAGUGUGGUGGAACAGCUACGUAAACAACCAGCUUGUAUCUCGGUGCUGGUCUUACUCUUGAGUUUGGAGGUCCACCGCAGCACGCUGAUGAAGGUCCUGAAUGAAACAUAUGUUGCCAAUGAUAUCUCCGUCAACAAGCUGGACCGCUUGGUUAGCAACAUAAAUGCCGACAACUAUAUCUUCUUCAAUGACGACGAGAUACCACCUAGUGGCAUGGGGUCGACUAAAGCUUUGCACAUUACCAUGCGCUGUAAGGGGUAUACGGUGCCAGACGUACUGAUUGACAAUGGGUUAGCCUUGAACAUCCUGCCAUUGACUAUGUUAAACAGAUUACCUAUAGACAGCUCUCACAUGAAGGAGUGCCAGAACAUAGUGAAAGCAUUCGAUGGCACAGAAAGAAGGGUGAUGGACAGAAUCGAGGUAUCUCUUCAGAUCGGGCCAAACACAUAUGAGGUGGAUUUCCUAGUGAUGGAUAUGAAGCCCUCAUACAAUUGCUUAUUAGGGAGGCCCUGGAUACAUUCAGCUGGGGCAGUGCCUUCAUCAUUGCAGCAAAAGUUGAAGCUGGUAUCAAAGGGGCGGUUGAUAACGAUUAAUGCUGAAGAGGAUAUCAUUGCAACUGUAAGCAGUAAUGCGCCCUAUUUGAAGACAGAUGACGAAGCAAUCGAAUGCUCAUUUCGGUCUUUGGAAUUUGUUAAUGUGACAUUCAUCGCCGAUGGAAGUAAGAUUAUGAUGCCAAAAUUGUCCAAAACUACGAGGAUGAGUCUACAGUUUAUGGUUGGAAAAGGGGCCCUACCCGGAAGAGGACUUAGAAGACAUCUCCAAGGAAGGAUUGAAACGUCAGUAUUGAAGGACAAGAGAGAUCGCUUCGGUUUAAGAUUUAAGCCAGAUGCAAGACAAAGGAGAAAGGAGCUUGAAAAGAAGCAAGAAAGAAGAAGAGCACGGUUGAAGGGGGAGGAAAUCAAAUGGGAGCCAAUAAUAUUCCCCCACAUAUCAAAAACUUUCGUGUCCGGAGGGAUCAUUCAUUUCGAGAGAGGCACGCCAAAAAAAGAAGUCACAAAAGAAAGGUUGGAAAGCUUGGACAUCAACGCCACAUACGAAGAAGAGACUGGAGGGGAAAAUUUUUCGAGCAUUUGCCCCUACAUACCUGAAAGUGUUCUGGAUAACUAG